AUGUCAGACAACGUCGGCCUCCCGACGCCGCGUGGCAGCGGCACCUCGGGGUACGUUCAGCGCAAUCUGGCGCACAUGCGGCCGCGGGACAUGGCGGCGCCAUACCAGCCCCGCGACCUCGACAGCCUAAAGCACAAGCAGCGCCAGCCGGACAAGGGGCUUCUCGAGCACGAGCGCAAGCGGGAGAUUGAAGUCAAGGUGUUUGAGCUAAGGGAUAAGCUUGAGGAAGAGGGACUCCCAGAAGAAGACAUCGAUACACAAUGCGACGAGCUACGGAAGAAGCUGCUGGCGGAGAGGGAACGGAGUAAUCAGGAUGGGGAUACGAGGAGAGGGGCAGGUGGCGGGGUAGGACCAAAGAGAAACUUCAAGCUGCACCAGGUCCAUGAGCUGGCCGAUGCCAAGAUCAAGGAGAGCGAGCGGUUGAGGCAGGCGCUCAAGAUCAGCAAGGACUACGAGGAGGGCAGCCAUUGGCGGAGGCAGGAGGAGAGGCUCAAGAAGGCACUAGAGAAGGACACUGAGGGAGCUAAGGAUUAG